AUGAACGACGCUGUCGAAGAAGCCAAGCGCGCCGCCGCAAAGAUUGCGGUCGCCAAUCACUACCCUAAAAACGCUCGCUGGGUCGGCAUUGGCAGUGGCACGACGAUUGUCUACGUCGUCGAGGCCAUUACGGCUCUCGGGGUCGACACCUCCAACACCCGCUUUGUCCCCACGGGCUACCAGUCGCGCCAGUGCAUUCUCAGCGCAGGUCUGACCCCGGUGGAAUUUGAUGCGCUGCCCACGGGAACCGUGCUGGAUGUCGCUUUCGACGGCGCGGAUGAGGUGGACGAGGAUCUGAACUGUAUCAAGGGCGGCGGUGCUUGUCUCUUCCAGGAAAAGCUUGUUGCGAUGCAAGCAAAGGAAUUCAUCUGCGUGGCAGAUUCGCGCAAACUUCAAACUCGUCUGCUUUCCAAUUGGAAGUAUAUUCCCAUUGAAGUCGCCCCCAUUGCGGCCUUCCGCGUUCAAAGGAGACUGGUCGAACUCGGCUCUAUCAACCCCGCCAUCCGCAUGAACAAGGAUCUCAAGCAAGGUCCUCUCAAGACCGACCAGGCCUUCUUCCUCAUCGAUGCCCCCUUCAAGCCGCUCUUGACCAAGGCAGAUGUUGCCAAUGGCCAGGACGGCUCAGGCACGGACGGUGUGUGGGAAGUAGGUGCGCUGUCGGAGAAGAUCAAAGAAAUCACCGGCGUCCUCGACGUUGGUAUUUUCUUCGGUAUGACCGGCCCCCAGGCCACCGCGGCCGGUGGUCUGGGUGGCCAACGGCCGGUGGCGGCGUACUUUGGUAUGCCCGAUGGGACUGUCUCUGUGCGCAAAGCGUCUUAG